AUGAAACAGUUCCAGCCUCCAGCCCAGGUCAUGGAGCCGGAGAAGGUGUUAAACAGGUGCAGACGGAGACGGACCCGGAGACAUGAUGGGGAAACAAAGACACAUACAAGUGGACAAGCCUUCACCCUCUGGACCCGAGCUGGACCCGAGCUGGACCACGGGGCCAUAAAUUACCAGUGGUUAUGGCCCCGGACACAUGUUGGCACGCACUUCAAACGCGCCGCUCGGCUGUUAGCUGCACAUUUGGCGUGGAGUGCGGCAGGUUGGGAUCCAGCUGCUCCUUCAGGCUCCACAUCUGGCUGGCAGCGUCUUGGCUCAGAUUGA